AUGAAAAGGUUUUUCAUUGUAAUAUUAUUUAUUUUACUUGUCUGCAUUUUUAAUGUAAAAUCAGAAGAACAAUUGGGGGAGAUCGAAAUAUCUAAAAAUAGUUUUUCAAUUGACACAAAUGCCAUCAAUGCCGAAAUUAAUUAUGUUAUUGAUAAUAGUAUAACCAAACCAAAAUUAAUAGUUACAUUAUUAUCAGGGGAUGUAAAUAGCAUAGAAGAUAUAACAUCAAUUUCAAAAGAUAAAUCAACCUUGACAUUUGGUGAUUUUUCAUCAUUAUCAUUAGGCAAUAAACAAAGUAAUAAUAAUAAUAGAAUUGUAUUAAUGAUAGCGACAAUCACAGGUUCUUUAUUAUUCAUUAGAUUUAAUAUUGGUUUUAAUAAAUCAACAACAUUAAUAAUUUUAAUUAUUGGUACAAUCUUUUUAAUUGGGUCAAGUCAUUCAAUAACAUUAUCAGAAGUUUCAAUUCGUAUUGAUAUUAAAGUACCAUCAACAUUUAAAUUUGAAAAAUUAGAUUUGAAAUUAGGUUCUGGUUCUUCAAAUAUUAUUGGUUUAUCUUCAAAUUCAAUCAAUAUUGAUAGUUGUUUAAAUUUAAAAGAUCACAAAAUCAAUUUAUCAGACACAACAAUUACAUCAGCUUUAAAUAUUUGUUCAACUAAAAAUAUUGAUAUUAAAAAUUUAAAACAAUCAUCAAAUUCUUUAAUAAAUUUAAAAACAAAUUCAAAUAUUACUUUAAAUUUUGGUAAUGGAUAUAGUGGUUUAUUAGAUAUUUAUAGUAAUAGUUUAAAAAUCGAUGAAGCUUGUGAUAUUAAAGUGGAUGGUUUAAAUACUACUGGUAGUUGUAAUGAAGGUACUUCUUCUAAAUUAGUUAUCAAUGCUAAUGGAGUCACAAUCACUGGUACUACUCCAACAACCACUCCAACAACCACUCCAACAACCACACCAACAACUACACCAACAACUACUCCAACAACUACUCCAACAACUACUCCAACAACUACUCCAACAACUACUCCAACAACUACUCCAACAACUACACCAACAACUACACCAACAACAACACCAACAACAACACCAACAAUAACUCCAACAACUACACCAACAACUACACCAACAACUACACCAACAGAUUCAUGUCCAACAACAUCAACAUGGAGACCAACAAUGGCAUCAUCAAGUUCACCAAGUUCACCAUCAUUUUCAAGUGUAACACCAAUAUUAGAUUUUAAUUUUGAUAAAAGCAAUUUAGGAUUUAGAUCAAGAUAUAAGUUCAAUGAAAAAAGUAUUUCAGAUGGACCAAAUGGUAUUGCAAAUUCAUUUUCUAUUAAUUUUAAUGAAACCUAUUCACCAGAUAGUAAUUGGUUAAUUUCAAAGAUACCAUCACCAGCAUUAAGAGCCAACGUAAAUUAUGUAUUCUCUUUUAAUUUUAAAUUGGGUCAGGCAUUAUCAAGUGAUAAUACAAUUUCUUCAGUGACAAUUUCAUUUUAUAGUCCAAUUGAUUUACCAGACCCAAAUGUAUUGGAAUAUUUCGAUCAACCAACUGCUUCACCAUUAUUUACAAAAACAAUUACCACUGGUAGUUUCUCAAGCUCAACAACUUUUCAAGCAAAUAGCAUAUCAAUUAAACCAACCACUGAUAUUGGUUUAUCAUUAAUUGCAAUUCAAAUCAUUCGUACCAAACAAAAUAGUAUUCCAAUUAAUUUAUAUUUUAGUGAAAUGAAAUUAAGCAUUCCAUCGAAAUCAAUUAUUGAUCCAACAACAUUUUUAACUAAAGAUUCAGAAUUGAUUAAUAUUCCAAAAGCAUCAGCAUCAUUUGAUUCACAAGAUCCAUCAACAUGUCCAUAUUUAGCAACUGAUUUAGUUCAUUGGCAUGAUAAAUCCAUUUGGAGUUCUGGUAUUGUACCUUUACCUAACGCAUCGAGUAAUAUUAUUUUACCAGCUGGUAAAAGAGUUUUAAUUAGUCCAUGUUCAAUUUCACAAACUGAUAUCUAUAAAAAAAUAACCAUUCCACCAACAAGUGAAUUGAUUUUUAGUGAUGUCAAUAUGACAAUGCAUGUUCAAGAUAUCUAUGUUCAAGGUAAAUUCACUAUGGGUACAAAAGAAUGUCGUUACAAUGCCUAUAUAAAUCUAAUUUUUCAUGGUACUAAAACCACCAGUGAUACUAUUGCCACCAAUUUCGGUUCAAAAGGUAUUGCAGUUGCUUCGGGUGGUUUCAUUUCAGUACAAGGUAAACAAUAUCAUAAUACUUGGAGUAAAUUAUCAACCACUGCAUGGUCUGGUGAUUCUACAAUCUAUAUUCAAGAUUCUGUAAAUUGGGAAGUUGGCCAACAGGUUUUAAUAACAACAAGUGUCUACAAGGAUGAAUUGUACAAUCAGAAUGAGGUUUUAACAAUUGCUGCAAUCUCUGGUAAGAAAAUUCAAUUUACAAGUGCACUUAAAUAUUACCAUUAUGGUGGUCAAGAAUAUCAAGCAGAGGUUGGUUUACUCUCAAGAAGAAUCGUAUUCCAAGGUGAUCAAAGUUCAUCGGAUCCUCAACAAUUUGGUGGUCAUGUAUUGGUUAGUGGUGAAGGUCAAUUCUCGGGUUUAUCAUUGGUUCGUUUUGGUCAAAAAAAUAUUAAAGGUCGUUAUCCACUUCAUUAUCAUUUGGCAAAUAAUGUUCAAAAAUCUUAUAUCUCUGAUUGUUCAGUUAUUGAUAGUUAUUAUCGUUGUUAUACAAUUCACGGUACCAAUGGUGUGACAUUAACUAGAAAUGUUGCAUUCAAUGCCAUUGGUCAUUGUUAUUAUUUAGAGGAUGGUGUAGAAGUUGAUAAUACAAUCUCUUACAAUUUAGGUGCUUUUGUUCAUACCAUUGGCACACCGGCCGCUGGUUACAAUCAAUAUGGUCAAGAUUUCCUACAAUCAUCCGAUCUUACUCAACCUGCCGAUUCAGCUGCUGCAUGUUAUUAUAUUACAAAUGCAGCAAAUUCUUUCAUUGGUAAUGCAGCAUCUGGUGGUUGGUCAGGUUUCGCAUUCCCAAAUUUACCACGUCCAAUAGGUAAUCAUCUUUCAGUUUCAAUAGUACCAUCACAAUUUAUUGCAAAAGUUUGGGAAGGUAAUACAGCUCAUAGUUCAGGUUAUUAUUUCGAAUUUGGUGCUUCAAUUUAUGUUGGUGGUUUAUUAACUUAUAAUGAUGCCACUGGUUUAUUACAAUAUAGUAGUGGUAGAGAAUCAAGAGAUACCUAUUUGACUGGAUAUAACACUUCAGCAGCAGUUUGGAUGAGAUUUAACAAUACUAAAGUUUAUCUUAGCAAUAGAGGUUUAUCAAUGUGGGGUGAAAGAACUGAGGCAGUCAAUUUGGAGAGUCAUGACUCUAGAAGACCUGCUUCAUUAUUUGGUGAAGCAUGGUUAUCAAAUGCAAUCGUCAAUGGUCAAUCGGGUAAUAUCUUAUCAGCAAGUGUCGAAUACACUAGACAAGGUUUCCAAUUUUAUGAUACUUACGUUCAGACCAUCAUUAGUAAUAUCAUCUUUAGAAAUUUUAUAAAGUAUCAAAAUGCAUCAUCCAAUGAAGAAGAUAAUAGAGUCAUCAUUAGUAUGACACAUAGUUCAGAAUUCCUUCCACAAGGUAUAUCAGUAUCAAAGAAUAUCACAAUUCAAAACACUGCUACCUCACAAUUCAUCGGUCAUAAUAUUCCUGUCAAUAGUACUGGUAGUAGUAGAUUCUUUAAUUUCAUCGAUUGGGAUGGUAGUUUAACAGGUAAAAAUGUUCCAACCCUAAUUGGAUCUCAUGAGAAAUUUUGGCAAUUCGAUAAUACUUGUUCAUUCAAUUCAGAUUGGAAUUGUUAUGUUUGUACUAAAGGUACAAGAGAGAUUGCCAAUGUUCAAUUCUGGGUACCAGGUUUAAUUUCAAGAGAUGAUGCUCAAAAUAAUGAUGAUUCAAUUGGUAGCAUUUCAUUAUUUGGUGAUGGAAUAACUGAUCGUCGUUCAACUAGAGUCAUUCAUACCGCUGGUAUCACUGGUGUUAGUAAUUCAGGUUGGUACCUUUAUUUAACCGAUGGUACUCCAACUUAUAUGAAAAUUUGGUUAGCUCAAGUAAUUUACAAUAAUUAUCUAUUCAUUGCAAUUCCUUAUCCAGCAACUACAACAUUCUCUGUUAGUUCAGAGUAUAAAUAUAAUAGUAAUUACAAUUUCAAUUUCACUCAAACAUCUUCAGCUUCCGCAGUUAGAAGUGGUGAUGGUAAGAAAUAUUAUUUCGAUGGUACUCAUUUAUUCAUUAAAGUCAUUAACUUUAGAUUAAAUGGUACUGAAAGUUUUGAUCGUGGUGGUGCAAAAGUUUACGAUGUUUAUUGGGAAUUCCUCAUUCAUAUCACUGCUUCAAAUACAAUAAAGCCACCAGUAAAUGGUUUCUUUAAAGGGUUAACUGAUACUUUACCAUCUUCAAAUUUGUAA